UUCCUUUGUCAAGAAUCAUCGAUAUCUAGGAGGCCGGAAAGAAAGGAGUCUUUUGCCAACGGGGCUUUGAUACCACCGCCCUGGCGAGUCCCAUCUCUGUUCGUAGAACAUUAAGAUGGCGUCCAGGGUCUGUGCCGAAAAGCGUGUUCGUGUUGCAUGCAUUAUCCAGGAUCGGGCAUUUGGAAGGAUGGGGGAGACGGCGGACAAAGUCACUUUCGGAGAAGACGGAAGGGAGGUGAUGAACGUGGAUCUUGUACGACUAAGACAUCGUUUGCGUUUUUUGUUUUUAUGUUUUCUUGCUUUAUACGGCGUCGAUUUGCAGUCCUCACCUCCAGGAUUCGAGAUGAGUCUGGGAGUGAUGGUAACUGGCAACGAGCUGAAUGGGGGAGGAUACGGUAGGAGAUCGGGAGGAGUAAUUGGUUUGAUUCGCCAUCGAAACCGAGCAGACGUGGACGACGACUACCGAAGAGCAACAUCCUCGGCGUCGAAUCAUGGAUGCGCAUGGCAUUUUCGGUUUCUCGCAUCAACAGGAGUUCAAGUUGCCUUUCUACAACCAGACAACCAACAAAAACCACAUCAUGUCUAAGACAAGACAGCCAAGGGCUUGAAUCCACUCGACCUCGUCAAAGGCAGACUUUGGAACCUCCGAAUAGCAAGACAAGACUACAAGUUUCGGAAGCGGACUUGGGAGCCCAAGAAUGAUCUGAAUUGAGGAGAGCGAUAACGCUAUGGCGAAAUCUAAUAGCUAGCUUGAAACAGUCCUCGCGAUAGUGGACUCGUGGCGGAUUCAUCUUCCUUGGAACGAACCCUCGGAAGAGGAAAGUACGCGCGAGAAAAGCAAGACAAGCACGAAAUCAAAAGCAUUAUGCUGGAAGCACUCACUUACACUGUUCAGUAUU